UAGAGACUUAACUUAACCUCAAUCUUCAACUCGGUGACAUUGAACGUAUGGACGUUAUACCUUAUCCCCAUAUUAUCCUAUAGUCGAUAAGUGAAUUCGAAGAAUAUGGUCUAAUCUUAGUUGUUAAACAGUGUAAGUGUAAAAAUAGGGAGGAGUGACAGUAUAAGUUCUACUAAAAAAAUAUCUUAACAGCAACAAUCAGUUAAUUUCGGAUAUUGUGGUUCAUGUAAGAUCAAAAUGUUGAAGCGUACCGCUCGUUCGAGACGAGAAUUUAUAUAUAGAAAGUCGAAGGAAGAACAACAUCGUGCUAUUCAAAAGAAAAAAGACCUGGUAAAAAGUAGUAUAGCCAAUAAUUCAACUAUUCAUGGAGACUUGCAGAGUAAGGCCUUGUAUUUCACUCGGAAAACCGAGUACGAUGAUGCUGGACCUGAAAGGGCUGUGCAGAUAGGUGGAGUGAGUGGAGGGGCUUUUGCUAACUCUCAAGAUGAUGAAUAUAGAUAUGCUGGUAGAGAAAACCCCAAAAUAAUGCUAACUACUUCACGAGAUCCCAGUGCUAAAUUGAAACAAUUUGCGAAAGAGCUUAGAUUAAUAUUUCCUAAUGCUCAGAGAAUGAACAGGGGAAACUAUGAAAUGAAACAAUUGAUAGAUGCAUGCAGAACAAAUGAUGUAACAGAUUUUAUUAUUGUUCAUGAACAUAGGGGUGUUCCCGAUACUCUCAUUGUUUGUCAUUUACCUUAUGGUCCCACAGCUUACUUCACGCUAUCAGACGUUGUCAUGAGGCAUGACAUUCCAGAUAUUGGAACAAUGUCUGAACAGUACCCACAUUUGGUUUUCCAUAAUUUUAAAACAAGUUUGGCAGAACGUGUGAUGAAUAUUUUGAAGUAUUUAUUCCCAGUACCAAAAGAAGAUUCCAAGAGGGUAAUAAGUUUUGCAAAUCAUGAUGAUUACAUCUGUUUUAGACAUCACACGUACAAGAAGGUGGAUAAACAGAUUGAAAUGGAAGAGGUUGGACCUCGCUUUCAACUGAAACUGUUCGAAAUCAAGCUUGGCACAUUGGAUACCGCAGAAGCCGCUGAUGUAGAAUGGGCCUUGAGACCGUACCAAAAUACAUUUUCUAAAAGACGUUUCCUGAGCGAUGAGGACGGAUGGCUGCAGGAAGAUCAUCCUGAAAAUUUGAGAUGAGGAAAGGACUCAAAUAUAUAUAUAUAAAUUCUACUGUGUUUUAUACUAUUAGAAAAUAAAUUAUUUCUUCUUUA